CACAAGGCGGAAGCCAUGGCGGAGGCAGCGGUAUCCGCGGCGGCUGGCGGGGCGGGCUCCAGCUCGGGCUCGGUCCCGGAGCGGGAGCGAGACUGCGCCGGGCGGAGGCUGCGGGUCCUAUCGGGCCAUCUGCGGGGCCGGGCCCCGGCGGCGCUGGUUCUUAGCGAGUGCAGAGGCCGGGCCCCGGCGGCGGCGGCGGCGGCGGCGGCAGCAGCAGCAGCACCACCACCACCGGCAGCGCCUCCGCCGGCGGCGCCGGAGUCCAGCUUCAUCCCCAAAAAACGGCAAGAACUUAUGAAAUGGAAUGGAUGGGGAUAUAAUGAUUCCAAGUUCAUCUUUAAUAAGAAGGGCCAAAUUGAAUUGACUGGGAAAAGGUACCCUCUUAGUGGCAUACCUUUGCCAACUUUUAAGGAAUGGUUACAAAAUGUCCUUGGAAUAAGUUUGGAGCACAGAACUACCUCUAAAGCAUCUUUAAAUGCUAGUGAUGUACCUCCUUCUGUUGUAAACGAAGAUUUUCUUGAUGACCUUAAAGAAACUAGCAUUUCAUAUUCACAAGAAGCAGAUGAUAGGGUAUUCAGAGCUCAUGGUCAUUGUCUACAUGAGAUAUUUUUGCUCAGGGAAGGAAUAUUUCAACGAAUUCCUGAUAUAGUAUUAUGGCCAAAGUGUCAUGAUGAUGUAGUUAAGAUUGUGAAUUUGGCCUGCAAAUAUAAUCUUUGUAUCAUCCCAAUCGGUGGAGGGACAAGUGUUUCAUCUGGACUGGCAUGUCCUGUAGAUGAGAAAAGAACAAUUGUUUCAUUGGACACUUCACAAAUGAACCGAAUCCUCUGGGUUGAUGAAAACAAUCUGACUGCUCAUGUAGAAGCUGGUAUAACAGGUCAAGAGCUGGAAAGACAGCUUAAAGAAAGUGGUUAUUGUACGGGUCAUGAACCAGAUUCCCUGGAAUUCAGCACCGUGGGAGGAUGGGUGUCAACUCGAGCAUCAGGCAUGAAAAAAAACAUCUAUGGCAAUAUUGAAGACUUGGUGGUUCAUAUAAAAAUGGUAACACCAAGAGGCAUAAUAGAAAAAAGCUGUCAAGUACCUCGCAUGUCAACAGGCCCUGAUAUCCAUCACUUCAUUCUGGGAUCUGAAGGAACUCUUGGGGUGGUUACAGAAGCUACAAUAAAAAUCAGACCAGUCCCUGAAUACCAAAAGUAUGGCUCAGUAGCCUUCCCUAAUUUUGAACAAGGAGUAGCCUGCUUAAGAGAAAUUGCAAAACAGAGAUGUGCUCCUGCCUCCAUUCGCCUCAUGGACAAUAUGCAAUUUCAGUUUGGUCUUGCUCUUAAACCUCAGGUUUCCUCUAUUUUUACAUCAUUUUUGGAUGGAUUGAAAAAGUUUUACAUCACAAAGUUUAAAGGAUUUGAUCCCAACCAGUUAAGUGUAGCUACAUUACUCUUUGAGGGGGAUCGAGAGAAGGUUCUUCAACAUGAAAAGCAAGUGUAUGAUAUAGCUGCCAAAUUUGGUGGUUUGGCAGCUGGAGAAGACAAUGGUCAGAGAGGUUAUUUGCUGACUUAUAUCAUUGCAUAUCUUCGGGACCUGGCCUUGGAAUUCUAUGUAUUAGGAGAAUCCUUUGAGACUUCUGCUCCUUGGGAUAGGGUUUUAGAUCUCUGUAGAAAUGUAAAGGAAAGAAUAGCAAGAGAAUGCAAAGAAAAAGGUGUCCAGUUUGCGCCUCUUUCUACAUGCAGGGUGACACAGACAUAUGAUGCAGGUGCAUGUAUCUACUUCUAUUUUGCCUUUAACUACAGAGGAAUUAGUGACCCUCUGACUGUCUUUGAACAAACUGAGGCAGCUGCUAGAGAAGAAAUCCUUGCUAAUGGAGGAAGCCUGUCACAUCAUCAUGGAGUGGGCAAGUUGCGGAAGCAGUGGCUGAAGGAAACUAUCUCCGAUGUCGGCUUUGGAAUUCUGAAGUGUGUCAAGGAAUAUGUGGACCCCAAUAACAUCUUUGGAAACAAGAACCUUUUAUAAGUUCAUUAUUCUCUGAUAUACUAAAAAAAAAUUACACAAAUGCUUUUUUAGUCUACAACUAUAUGGUUAUCCCAGUAAUCAAAUAUAUCAUGGACUAUAUUUUGGGUAUAAUUUGUUUGUUGGUUUAAAAAAAAAUCUUUUAUUCUUGCGUUUUUCUCUGUUUAUACAUCCGUGGAUUGGCAGGUGAAGUUCCUAAAUCUCUAGCACUGUACGGGGCAUCAGUUUACAACCAACUUGGAGAUGCAAGUCAUUCCAAGUUUUAGUUAGGCAGCAAAGAGCUUAUGGUUGUAAUUUCUGUGGAAGAUGCAGCCAGCUGUUUUGUGUUGAAGCUUCCCCUGCCUAGAGAACAAAGACUGGUAUUGGUAUCAUUUAGUGAAUCUCAUUAUCCAGCCUCCUUUUAAAAGAAAGUUUCUGGGAGGCAGAUAACUAAAGAAAGAUUCCACCAAGGGAACAUUUCUGUGUGAAAGGUUUUUUUGUCCUUUCUUUUUAUAUUUUCUUAAGGGAGCAGACCUGAAUGGGCGGGGUCAGGGAGGAGUAAUUAUUCCUGAAAUAAAAUGAAUCAAUAAAGGUAGCCUAGCAUUUUAAAGAUGCACUGAAUUCUGUGAGGUUCUUGGCCUGCAUUUCCCCUCAUUAUUAUUAUUUUAGAAAUCUAAAACCUUGAAUGGGUAUACAAAUUAGAUUGUUACAAUACCUUUUUUCCUUUGUAUAUUUCUGGUUUUACUGAUGUCUGAGUUGUAUUUGUAUCAUUGGGAUAAUCUAUUGUAAUAUCCUGGUUCAUUCAUCAUACGUUUUGUAUAGAAAAAGCUGACUUAUUGCUCAUAUUGUAUGUGAAGAACAGGUUUACCAUAAAAUGAAUGCCUUCAUCCACCCUGUAGUCCUGAUGUAUCUGGUUUCACUUUGUUGUUGCUGAGAUGCAGAAGAAGGAAACAAAACAAAACAAAACCCUCUGUAUUUAAUGUCUUUGGCAGAAUGAGUGGUUUGGCUAUUUAAAUGAAUACUAUCUUAAGAAGCAUUAUUCAGCACUCUAUUUGAAAGUCUCAAUAGUUUCAGUGCUGAAAUCUUUUUAUUAAUCUAAACUGGAUGACAAAUUUUCAUCUAAAAGUGAGGUUUUCAAUUUAGUUUUUAAUAAUGGUUUAAUGUCUUUAUGAAUUACUGCUUUAACCUAAACAGUAACCACAAUUGUAAUGUAUAAAAUCCAUAUACCCUAAUCAAAAGUUUGAAACUUCUUAUUUCUUAAAUUGUAGGUCAAACAUUAAUCACAUUUAGCAAACAUUUUUACAUUUAAACCUGGAUCUUAAAAACAAGUGAAUUGAAAACUUUGAAUCACUGUCUUGUCUCAAGGUUCAUGAUUCACAUUUUGAGAUGGAUUCUUUUCUUAAUGCAAUGCCUGACUUUUGAUAAUUUUUUUUUAAUUAGUACUUGAUCACAUAUAGCAACUCAGUGUGCAGACUAUCCUUUAAAAGGACAUACUGUCUGUCUUAUGUAGCAGUGGCUCCAAAGUGUUUUUGGGCAGUUUGAUACCUUUUAUAUCCUAAGUAGCCUUAACCAGAAAAAUGAAAAUUUACAAUUUGAGAAUAUGCUAUUUUUACAAUUUCAAAGUGAUUAAUAAUUUUUAACUGUUAAAAUUGGCCUAAGAUAAAUUAAUAUAAAUCUCUAAGCAAAUCAAAAUCAAAUAUUUGUGUUAUAGCAACAAAGGUAAUAAUUGCUUUAUUAAAAACUGCCUGUCUUCAUCAGCAAUUUCUUUUUAAAAGAUUGUAAACUUUCCAUCAGAACUCUGCUCAAAACCCUUGGUUUUCAAACUGGUUGGAUUCUUGAUGACGAAAAUCACUCUAAAAAACCCUAUAGAAUUUUAUUAGAUACAUUUAUUCAUGAAGAUAUUCGCUAAUGUGGGAAUCAAACCAUGAAAUUAAUAUGGUAUUAAUAUCCUAUAGGAAAUGUAUGUAUGAUUGUGUUUCCCAGUAUAUUUUGUUUUUAUAAAACUUCGAAAUUCACAAGCAAA